AUGUUGAGAGAUGCUGGAGUUGAAUAGACACAUUAAUUAAUCGAUAAAAUAGAAAUGAGAGUUAAAAACUUUCUCAAGACUCAGUCUACUAAACAAAUUCAACCAUUACCAUUAAACAAUUCAAAUUUAGACUUUAAUAAUAGACAUAUAUCAAUGCAUUCAAAAAAGGAAAAAGGAGAUUCUAACAUUUUUAGUCAAUUAGAAAAUAUUCCUCCAUAAAAAUUAUUGACUUAAUGUUCUAGAACUUCUGAUUGCUAAAUUCCAUUAUUGAAAGAAAUAUAAGAAAUUGAUUAGUCAUAUAGAAUUGAAAUCGAUUAAUUAAAAAAUACUAUUUUACAAUUAAAAUAGGUUAUUGAAGAAUUAAAAGAAUGUGUUAAUGGAUUAACAUAAUAACUAGACUUUAAAUAAAAGUAAGUAUUCUAUCAAUUUUAGUGAAAUUGAUUAAGUAAAUAAAGAAAAUGAAAAUCAUAAAAUUUUAGUUUAGACAUUAAGAGAUGAAAAUACAUAUCUAACAAGAGAAAUACAAUAAUUAAUGAAUGCAUAAAAUUUAAGCAAUCCAAAAGUCAGUUCUUUAACGAUUGAAGUUUAAGAAGAGAGAAAGAAAAGUGAAAGAUUGUAAUUAGAAAUUAGUGAAAUUAAAUAAAGAUUUGAAAAAUAGAGAGAUUCUGCAAAAACAAAUUCAAAUUCAGAUUUCUAAAUAAUUGAAAAAUUGGUUCAUAAAUUAGAAGAAGCAUAAGAAUAAUAACAACGUUAAAAUCAUUAGUUUAUGAAACAUGUUAUACAAUAUUUAGAGAAAUAAUAAAAUUAAUAAUUGAGAGUAAGUUCAACAAUAUUAGAAAGUAAUCAUAAAAAAUAAAAGUCUAGUUUAAAGAAAAAAUGA